UUUUUCCUUUUCCAGCCCCAGUCUCGGUCAUGUGCGCAUGCGCGAGAGAGGCGAAAGAAAAGAGACGAGAGGAUGUAGAGCAGACGCACCGCUGGAAGAAGAAGGAGAGGAAGAGAGGCUUUCAGCCGCGCCGUGAGGCGUCUCGCUCUCGCCCACGUCACGUCACGUCCACAUCUGGAUGAACUAUUUGGACUUUUUGGGUGCUUGACUAUGUGCCCUCUCAAAUGGGUGCCAACAACGGAAAACUCUAUGGAAGCGAGGGCAAAGGGAGCUCCAGCAUCUCGUCCGACCUGAGUUCCAGCACCGAUCACACUCAAAGCGGCAAAGCUCCCAAGAAUGCGACUCCCAGCGAAGAAGGUUUGGACUCGCGCACGCUGAGCACCCCGAGCCCCGGCCUCAAGUCGUCGUCCCUGUCGUCGCCGGCGCCGUCAAGCAACGGCCACGACGGCAACUCCGCGUCGUCGUCUUCGUCCGAGGCGGCGGCGCCAGAGCGCCCCCGGCUGAGUGGGCAUUCCAAGGGCCGCUCCCCGACGGACCUCCUGCCGGACGUCCUCCUGCUGGAAAUCUUUUCGCACCUUUCCAGCGACCAGCUGUGCCGCUGCGCUCGCGUGUGCCUGCGCUGGUACAAGCUAGCGUGGGACCCGCGGCUUUGGCGCACCGUGCGGCUGGCCGGCGAGCAGCUGCACGCCGAUCGGGCCCUGCGGGCGCUGACGCAGCGACUGUGCCGGGACACGCCAGACGUGUGCCUGGCCCUGGAGACUGUGGCGGUCAGCGGCUGCCGGCGGCUUAGCGACCGCGGGAUGCGCGUGUUGGCGCAGCGCUGCCCCGAGCUGCGUCGGCUGGAGGUGGCCGGCUGCUACGACGUCUCCGAUGAAGCCGUCUUUGAGGUGGUGUCGCGAUGUCCCGGCUUGGAGCACCUCGACCUCUCGGGCUGCUCCAAGGUGACGUGCAUCAGCCUGAGCCCUGAAGGUUCGCUGCCAGCGCCGCUGCCGCCCGCCCUGCAGACCUCCCUCCGCUACCUGGACAUGAGCGACUGCUCCCGGCUGGAGGACGAAGGCCUGCGCGUGAUCGCCGCGCACUGCCCGCGCCUGACGCACUUGUACCUGCGGCGCUGCGGGCGGCUGAGUGACGAGGCGCUGCGCCACCUGGCACCCCGCUGCCCGUCCCUGCGCGAGCUGAGCCUGAGCGACUGCCGGCUACUUGGCGACUUCGGCCUGCGGGAGGUGGCCCGCCUGGAGGGUCGCCUGCGCUACCUGAGUGUGGCGCACUGCCCGCGCGUCACCGACGUGGGCCUGCGAUACGUGGCGCGCUACUGCCCCAAGCUGCGCUACCUCAACGCCCGUGGCUGCGAGGGCCUGACCGACCAGGGCCUGGGACACCUGGCGCGCGGCUGCCCCAAGCUCAAAUCGCUGGACGUGGGCAAGUGCCCCCUGGUUUCCGACGCCGGCUUGGAGCAGCUGGCACUCUGCUGCGCCGCCCUGCGCCGCCUCAGCCUCCGGGCUUGCGAGAGCGUGACGGGGUGCGGCCUGCGGGCGCUGGCCGCCAACUGCUGCCAGCUGCAGCUGCUCAACGUGCAGGAGUGCGAAGUGGCGCCAGACGCGCUGCGUUUCGUGCGGCGCCACUGUCGCAAGUGCGUCAUCGAGCACACCGACCCGGCCUUCUAUUGACACCGACGGGCUCGCCGCUAAGCUAUUUAACCUAUUUAUCUGGACUAGAAAAGUGCACAGUCUUGCCUUGAGAUAUGAGCAACUCCGCGUACGAUAUUGUACUUAAUAAAAAACAGGGAAAACAGUAGCAAUUUUGGUCAAUUGAAACAGAUUUGCUUUCUCGUGUCAGGCCAGAUCUCUUCCCCGGGCCACGAGUUUGACACCUGUGUUUUAAACAUAUUUUAAAAAUCUUUAUAAUACAAAGUUUACUUAAAACAAAACCUUACCAUACCUUCUGUAGCAUCCAUUCUUUGGCAAAGUCAAGGAAAUAAAUGUGAAUUGACGGCGGCUAUAUUUCGUGACAUUGUGAGGAUCGCUCAUAUCUCAAGACAAAAUCUGACCGAAUUGCAGCCCCUAUUUUGACAAACUCAUAUCUCAAGGCCAGACUCGAACGUAGCUCUUUAGCUGCCUUUGACAGUGCUAGACAUCCAGUCCAUUUGAACCGGGAGAGCUGGCAGCCAUGCAUUUAGCGGUCUCUAAGGAAGUCUAAAAGCUUGACACAAAAAAAGAGCUGAAGGAAGUAUUUAUUUUCAAGAUUUCAGCCGGUCAGUUGUCACAGAAUUGCACAACAGUAAAGCCUCUGGUCCAGAUGGUUCCUCUGCCGAAUUUUAAAAACAUUUCUGGUUUAUGCGAGCUAGUAAAUCGAAUUUAAUCCACUCAAAAUGUUCUAAACUCACCCAUUUUUACCAUAAGACACAUUUGUAAAUUAUUCCGUUUUGGACCGAGCGUCCACAUGACUAUUUAUAAUGCAACAGACAAUCAUAUGUGCUUGUGACAAUCAAGGACAAUUUGUGCCUUUUUUCAUGUGAGGUAGAAGCAAAUGUUCUUUAUUUGUCUGAAGAGUAUUAAAAGUGUACACUUUAUCAACAUACGAGGUAUUCAUGUUGUUUCUCACACCUGAAGGGAAAACUAACUAGUAAUUGUAGUGGAAGACCGCUAGAGGGCGCCAGAGAUUUCCCUCACAAUGCUGUGGCGGAAUUUCAGAUUUGUUGAUGACCAACCAGAAGACUGUUCAGCACUCUUGCAGAUGUUGAGGAUUUCCAAUUAGAUGUUGUCCCUUUCAGAAGCCAGUGUUGCGCUGGUCGGUCCGUUGGCACGUGCACUCCACAACCGGAUGUAGAAUACGUGUCCAAGUGGCCUCAACGACAAAAUGAAAUGACUGUUAAAUGUCAGAUAUAGGCAAAAAUAUUGGCAAGUCAUCCCAAAUGGCUUCUUCAAACCAAAAUGGGUGACUUACUGUUUAAUUUUAGGCAUGGGUCCUCGAGACCUUUUCAUUCGUCCUUUUAUGAUUGACAAGUCUGCCCAAUUUUAUGCCCUUACAGUGCGUAUGACAUGAUUAAAAAGUCUUAAAUAUCAUUAGAAUUAGAAUCAUUUUGAGACGAUUUGACUAUACACGACAAUUUGGCAAAAUUAGAAAAGAAAGAAAUUAGUCUUUUAAUCUGCUUCUUAGCCCCGCCUGCCAUUAUAGCGCUCUAGCGUCCCCAAAUGGAGGAUGACGUCUGCAGGGUUAGGAUUUCAUCUGAUUUAGAAUUCUGUCCAUUGAGGGGGAAUUAUUCAGAACGAGGAAAAUGCGACAAAGAGAACAGCAAAAUGUCAUUGUUUGAAAUCUCUCAAAUAUUUUUACAGAAUAUUCUUUUUAUCCAUGUAAUUUUUCCCCAAUGCUAAACUAAUGGUAUGGUCAUGACAAAUAACAGUCUUGUACUAAAUGGAAUAUACAUAAAUUAAAAAU